AUGGAAUCAGAAGCAGCACUUGGUACACUACCAGCUACCUCUAUAGGUGAAAUAGAGUCUCUAGACCUACAGGACCAAUCGAGUAACGAUGUUGUUCGCAGUUUCGGCGUCGAAAACGGCAACGCCCUGCACAUUUCCAUAGAUGACCACCCCAUCACGUUGCCUCUCUUCUCGCCAGAGGAAAUAUUCACCAGCCCAUCGGCGUACAGUCGUGAGGAAACUAUAGACUGCCUACAACAAGGUAUCGGUCAAUUCUGGGCUGAUGAUUUGGCUGCCCAACAGACGAAUGCCGGUACCAACAUGCAGAACCCUCCUCAAGAGCAGAACCCCCCUCAUGCUCCAAGUGCCACACCUGAGGUCAAGCCUAUACCUCAGGCCAAGGCCCGAGGUGUAAAGAGAGCGAGGGCACGUAAGACCUCGCAUCGAGCCGCAAAGCGACCUACCGAGGUGAAACCUGAGGAGCCCAACAAGGCCAAGCGCCCUCGUUACGUGCGUAUUGCGCCAAAGCCUUCUGUACCUUAUCAACCACAGGCAUUGCCUGCCGUCCGUGGUUCAGGACAGCAAUAUAAUCGCCAGCUUCAGCUGGCGCCGUUGGGAACGAUUCCUGAAGGGCCUUCCCCUAUGCUACCUCAACAGCACGCGCCGGUGGGAAUAAAUGCUGGUAACAUCCCGUCUCCUCAUAACGGGAAUAUGCCUAGGUCUUCCUCUUUGCCUCCUCAGCAGCAGGUCUGGAUGGGGACAAAUCCUCGUGAUAUUCCGCUUCCUCACAACGGAAAUAUCACUUGGCCCACCCCUAUGCCACCUCCACAGCAGCUUGCUAAUGGGAUGACGAUGGGAAGCAUGGGGUAUCAUCAGCCCGAGGGGAAUGGCAUUCCCGUGAUGUAUGCCCCGCCUAGCUUUUCCGUAGGGCAUAUUCAGCCAAGGGUCAAUGGCAAUGCCACGAUGCAUCAAUAUGAUGGUCCUAUGGUGAAUGCCCCUAGCUCUUUCAUGGUAAAAUACCAGCAAGAGGGGUUGGGGGAUAUAGUAUAA